UCUCUCUGAAGCAUAAAUAGUGAGAAAACUUAGCGAUGGGCGAAUGGUCUGUUCUGUAGUGUUUGGCCGGUCAAGUUACACAAACGUUUUCAAGAUGACCAGUGGAAGUGGACUCUCGUCAUUGGGGACCGCCGUUCUCCUCAGCUGUUUACUUGUGACAGUAUCAGGUUCAAUCAUUGUCUUGAACGCCUCCUCUGAAGUGGUGCAAACAAACUUGACUCGCUCUACCACCCUGCGCUGUAGCUUGGAUGACACCACCCCAUCACUGACCGCACCAGUGGUGGGUCGUCGUGACGUCACACAGACGGCUACCAACGUGCAGUACGUCACUUCUAUUAUAGUGGCUCGGAACACCGGUGAAACUGUUGCCAGGGUGACCGAGCAUGAAGCUGCCGCGGCGUUGGUAGAUCAAGCCAAUCUACGUGUGUCUGGUGACCUCUCGGUGACCUCGGGACGUCGUGGGUACAUAGAGCUGACCUGGAAGUACCCGACCCAAGGCCAGGCCGGUGACUACAAGUGUGAAGUAAAUGCCAUCGGCGAUGGCGGCCAUUUCGUCACGUUUUCAAACUCGUUGAAAAUCAACGUCACCAAACCAGCUGAUGAUGACGUGAUAAAUCAGCUGGACUUCACAAUCAUCAUGGUGCAACGGCUGGCAAACGAGGUAGCCGAAAUGAAGUCGAGUUUGACAAACUUCUCAGCCUUACAACACGUAGAAGCCGGGACUCUUGAGUGCCAGUACGAUCACUCCGACUACUACAGCAACAACUAUAACCUGACGCAGCUGUUUCAGAACCCUUAUGAGAAACCUCCAGUGGUCACUUUGGGGGUGACUGGGGCAGAAUUCGGAACUAUAUAUAGAAAUGCUCAAUUUGAUGUUUCUCUUGUGAACGUCGACGAGCUAAGCUUUACGGUGCAAUGCGGCAAGGACAUUGGCUACAAUUCCUAUAAUAUGUCAGUCACCUGGAUGAGUGUUUAGAAAUUGUGGUGUCCUAUGGACAGGGAAGUGAAGGGACAGGGAAGUGAAGCAAGAUUUGCCAACGAAAUAAACCCCACUCAGUCCGUCCUUGUGAUGACCUAUCACGUCACGGUAAUGAGUUAAGGAGACAUCCGAUGCUUAGAGAAGGUCAAUAAAACUGUUAGUCCAGUGACUAGAGAAUGAAAUCAUCGUAUUUAGUUACAUGAGCCAGUCAACAUGAAACACACACACACACACACACACACACACACACACACACACACA